GCCCCUAGCAUCUACACCUGGCCUCCAGUGCGGGGGAGCCCUGACUGCACCCUGCUACCACUCCCAAGUUCCUCAUGGCUGACCAACUGACGGAGGAGCAACUAGCCGAAUUCAAGGAGGCCUUCUCCCUGUUCGACAAGGAUGGGGAUGGAACCAUCACCACCCAGGAGCUGGGCACAGUCAUGCGGUCCCUGGGCCAGAAUCCCACGGAGGCGGAUCUGCAGAGCAUGGUGAACGAGAUCGACCGGGACGGCAAUGGCACUGUGGACUUCCCCGAGUUCUUGGGAAUGAUGGCCCGGAAGAUGAAGGACAGGGACAGCGAGGAGGAGAUCCGGGAGGCCUUCCGUGUGUUCGACAAGGAUGGCAACGGCUUUGUCAGCGCAGCGGAGCUGCGGCACGUGAUGACAAGGCUCGGGGAGAAGCUGAGUGAUGAGGAGGUGGAUGAGAUGAUCCGGGCAGCGGAUGUGGAUGGGGACGGGCAGGUGAACUACGAGGAGUUCGUGCGCAUGCUGGUCUCCAAGUGAGGGCUGGGGUGGGGUGCUGCCCCCUCCCCUGGGAGGGCCGGCCUCGCUUUGUUUGGGGACCUGCCCCUGGCUGCUACAGUGUUCAGAUCGACCUGGCUUCCUCCCUCCCUCCAGCUUCCUCGGGGCUGUAUUUCCUCUCAGCCGGGGUUGAUUCCACAUGCCUCUCUGCGUGCCACUUUUACAUCUGGUCCACCUUCCCCCUGUCCUCUUCUCACCCAGAACUACACAAGCCUCUCCUACGCCUGCAAGCCCUAAGUCCCUCAGGAGUAGGAAUGACAUCACUGAAUGGACAAUGAGCAGAAGGACUGUAAAUGUGGCAUUGAGCCCAGAAGGUGCCAUCAGGAGAGCACAGUGUGACACCAUAGAGCCUCCAGGCAGCACCUCUGCAUGGCACCAGGCGCUGUGGCCAUAAGUGGACUUCAUCUGUUAUUGGAUUCAGGGUUGGGACAAAUCUUGACUGAGUGCUUGCCUGUCUCUGCCAAACUGCUAUGAUUCAUCUUUGGAAGCUGCAAGUAAAACUGGGGUCAGUUGUAACAUGUUUGUGCUUAUCCUCAUGGCGGGAACAUUGAGUGAAAGAGAGAGGGGCAACCGCAGGAGCAAAAAUAAAUAGCUUGU